AUGUCUACUACCUUGCAAAGACCGGGCUGGCAAGACCCCAUUGCAAUUGGAGGCACAGGUACGACUUAUCUCAUGCCACCACCUACCUCAGCACCCAGGGUGUGCAAAUCCAACAAGGAGAAGAGAUUGAAGCUUCGCGCCUCGUGCGAUGCUUGUGCUGCCUCCAAGAUCAGAUGCAGCAAAGAGCAUCCGACAUGUUCUCGCUGCUCCGCCAACAAGCUGCAAUGCAUCUACGGCGUAUCCCGAAAGCACGGCAAGCCUGGACGAAAGAGAAAGCGAAACCCAGAUGGAACGCCGUUUGUAAAGGCCACAAAGCAUCGUUCCUGCCAGGUUACCAACGAGUCUGGAAAAUAUGACUUUGAGUUUGGCGCUCCACUUUACCAACAUGAUCUGGAAACUACAUCAAAUUGGAUACCCGACUGGUCACCUACACUGAGCUUGCCGGAUGCAUCAGGACUCGAGUAUUGGACGUCUUCUGAGCAAAUAUACAACACCAUCGAUUGCUUCAACGGCAAUUCCGCAGACACUGCCUUCUUGCCAAUGACACAGUCUGAACAAGAAUCAGUCCCAGUUACGGAAUCAAACUUUCCCUACCAGGACCCGUUAGAGACGCGCCAACUGUUAUAG